GUGAAUCCCCUUUCCUGUUCCAACAGGAAAACCUAUUUUCUUUCGUCCCAUAUACGAAAGAGAGGUCUAGCGGGGGAUAGCACUGCAUCGAGCCGAAUCAAGUUCCUUAUCCUCUUCCAACAUGAACGAUCUUUUAUCGGGUUCGUUUGAGAACCGUAGCGAUCCUAUAGUUGAGAAUGGAGAUAUUGAACUUGGAAUUCAUAGACCAACGAACUCGGACGAACUUCACCUGGAUAAUUUGGAUACUUUUAAUAAGCAGGUUGGAGAAAUCGAGAAACAAUAUGAUAAGGUUAAUAAGUAUCUCAAAAAACUUCAGGAAGCCCAUGAGAACUCAAAGGUUGUAACAAAGGCUCCUGCAAUGAAAGCAAUUAAGCAGCAAAUGGAGAAAGAUGUUGAUGAAGUUGGAAAAAUUGCUCGUUCCGUAAGAAGAAAAAUCGAGGAGAUCGACAAAGAGAAUUUAGCCAGCAGAAACAAACCUGGAUGUGGCAAAGGAUCAGCUAUUGACAGAUCAAGAUCUGCAAGAACAAUUGCAAUGAAAAAGAAGUUCAAGGACAAGAUGAUGGAAUUUCAGACUUUAAGGGACACCAUCAAUCAAGAAUACCGUGAGGUUGUUGAGAGACGUGUGUUCACAGUUACGGGAAAUCAAGCUGAUGAAGAGACAAUUGACAGGUUGAUAGAGACUGGGAACGGUGAAAAAGUAUUCCAGAAUGCUAUAAGGGAACAAAGUGGGAAAGGACAGAUAAUGGACACCCUUGCAGAAAUCCAAGAGCGCCAUGAUGCAGUAAAGGAAUUAGAAAAGAAGCUUCUAGACUUGCAACAGAUAUUCUUAGACAUGGCAGUGUUGGUUGAUGCUCAAGGGGACAUGCUUAACAACAUAGAAUCCCAGGUGAAUGCAACAGUUGAUCAUGUACAAUCUGGGAAUACUGCACUUCAGAAGGCAAAGAAGUUACAAAGGAAUUCCAGGAAAUGGAUGUGUUUCGCAAUACUCGUAUUCAUUUUAAUUGUAGCAAUCGUCGUAAUUGGUGUAAUCAAGCCAUGGACCCGCAAAAAUGGCGCUUAAAUUAUCUCCUUUCGCCCCCACACCUGCCAUUUUAUAAAUAUGUACCAAUUAUCCUCUCACAAAAAAAAGAACCUCGUAUUUAUAUACAACACACUAUGUUUAAACAAAAGUUCACCACUUUUACAGUACCUCAAUCUUGAACUAAUACACUGACACGAAUUAU